UUUAGCAUUUUUAUUUUUUUGGCACCUUCUUUUUGCUAAGAACAAGAAGACCUCUUUACAACUCUUUUUUUUUCUCACACCUCAAUCUCUCUCUUCUCUCCAAUGUCAUAGAAAAAACCAGAAUCCAAAACCCAAACCCCAAACCCCCUACCCAGAAAUGGCGACACCCACAGAACUUCCUGAAUACUUCAAAUGCCCGAUUUCACUCGAAAUAAUGUCCGACCCGGUUAUCCUUUCUUCGGGUCACACCUUUGAUCGGAGCUCCAUUCAACGUUGGAUUGACUCCGGCCACCGUACUUGUCCAAUUACCAAAUUACCCAUACCCGACCCGCCUUCUCUCAUCCCUAACCAUGCCCUUCGCAGCCUUAUCUUCAACUACGCUCCUUCCAACAACACCCAUCAUCACCAGCCUCCAACUCGUCUUGACUCAGAAUCUGACUCGCUGAGUCAACUCGGUUUGUCAAUCUCCACUCUCACCGCUCGAACUUCCUCACAUAGUCAGAAGCUUGAAGCACUGAGCCAGCUCAACUCAUUAUCCAAAUCUAACGCCGAUUUCCGAUCUCGACUCACUGAGUCAGGUGCUGUUUCGGCUCUUCUCCGUUGUGUGGACUCGGAUAACGACCCUCCUCUUCAGGAGAAAUUGCUAUCCCUACUUUUGAAUCUGAGUCUCGACUCGGAUGAUAAUAAAGUGGGUUUAGUAGCCGAGGGUGCGGUGACGAAACUUGUCAACGCACUUCGUGGCCCGGCUGCUGCAGUUGCCGCAACCGUGCUCACAAGUUUAGCGGUUGUUGAGGUAAACAAGGCGACAAUUGGCGCACACCCGGGUGCCGUACGUUCCCUUGUUUACCUCCUCCGCACGGGGAAAGGAAGAGAGCGAAAAGAGGCUGCUACCGCCCUUUUCGCUCUUUGUUCCUUUCCCGAGAACCGUCGUAGGACGGUUGAUAGCGGGGCGGUCCCAAUUUUGAUUCGGAUGGCGAAAUCGGGUACGGAGAGGGCAAUUGAAGUAUUGGGUUUGUUGGCAAAGUGUGAAGAAGGAAGGGAAGAAAUGGUUAAAUGUGAUGGGGUUAUUGUUGAGAUAUUGGUUAACUACGUGAAGAAUGGGAGCUCAAGAGGGAUUCAAUAUGGGUUGAUGACAUUAAAUUUGUUAUGUUGUUGUAGUGAAAUGGUUAAGAAAAUGGUUAGAAAUGAAGGGGUUUUAGAGAUUUGUUUGGGUUUAAUUCAAGGUGAUAAUGAGAAAAUUCUUAGGGUUGCUUCAAAUUUAGCCAAGGUUUUGCAAGAGAAUUAAUUAACCAAAGCUUUAAUAUCUCAAAAAUAUAGGGUCGACUAUAUGAAAUCAAUCAGAAAAACCUGAAAAUUGAGGUCAGUUGAUUGGAAUUUUCUUAAUCUCAAUAUCAUGGGAUCGACGAAAUCAAUCAAAAAAAAAAAAAAAAAAAAAAAACCCGAAAAUUGAGGUUAGUUGAUUGGAAUUUUUUAAUUUCAAUAAUAUGAGGUGGACUAUGUAAAAAAAAGCCUAAAUUUGAGGUGAUUUGAUUGGGAUUUAUAAUGGGUUCUAAAAUUUUACCCUUUUAGCAAAUACUUCACAUGUUGGUUCAAUCUUGAUAUUUCUUUUUGUUGUACAAAACAAAAGAAUAGAAGUUUCUUUUUGUUGUAUCAAUGUGAUCACAAUGUACUUCCUCCGUUCCAUAAUACUUGCUACAUAUUCCAUUUUUGGAAAUUUCAUAAUACUUGCUACAUUUCCAUUUUUGGUAAUAAAACAAUCAUUUAAAAUUCUACCUACCCCUACUUUUAUCCUACUCUAUACCUCUCUAACUUUUUUACCUACAAUUAUUUAAUCUUUAUUUAUUUCCAAUUAAAAUUAAUUUUCCCUCCAUAUUUAUUAUUCUCAUUAAAAACUCAACUAAUCUCCCAUAACCCACCAUCCCAAUUAAUUAUUUCCUCUAUUUAAAUACACUAUCUCAAUUAAUUAUUUCUCCCAUUUAAACAAACCUUUCCAACUACUUAUAUUAAUGGUGGGAUGAAUGUGAACCGUUGGAUUUGGUUUGCCCAGAUCUGACCGUUGAUUGCUCUUUAUAUAAGUAACCCGGUUCCUUUCCUAACCCUAAUCCCAUUUCUCUUCCUUUGCCAUUUUCCCCUCUCCAUCUCUCUCAUUCUCUCUGGAAAGUUCUAACCCUAAAGAUCUUUGGUUUUCUUUCAUUUCUUUGCCGUCUCUGAUUUCAUUAUUUGGGUUUUCUUUCACUAUUGACUACGAAAGGAUGGAUUAUAUCUGGUUUUAUUUCUGAUCUUUGGUUUUGUAUUUGAUUAAAGGUUUACAUUUGGGUUUUCCGAAAUUUCUCUAUUUCUUCUGGUAUAUUCUUUAUACACUUUGCUUUAAUCGUCAUCUGGUAUGCUUUGAUCCUAAAAUCUUGAUUCUUAUUGCAUAUUCUUCGUAUUUUGAUUUUUUUAAAACUUUGAUCUGCUUUUUUUUUUUUUUUAAUUUCAUGUGUAUGUUUAUACGUUUAUGAUUUUGUUUUUGUUAUUCUCUUGAUUAUUUCUUUCAGCUGUAUUUAAUCCCAAAUUCAUGAUCUUGUUUUAGUCCUUCAUCAGAUCUGGUUUCUUUAAUGAUUCUCUUGCAUGUUCUGUCUAUUUUGAUAUUUUUAAACUAAGAUCUGCUCUGUUUUUUUUUAUUUCAUGUUUAUUUUUAUACGUUUAUGAUUUUGUUUUUGUUAUUCUCUUGAUUAUUUCUUUAAGCUGUAUUUAAUCCCAGAUUCAUGAUCUUAUUUUAGUCCUUCAUCAGAUCUGGUUUCUUUAAUGAUUCUCUUGCAUGUUCUUUUUACUCUUUGCUUUCAUCUGGUAUGAUUUGAUCCGAAAAUCAUGAUCUAGUUUUAGUACUUUAUCAGAUCUGGUUUGAUUUAUGAUAUUGUUGCAUGUUGUUCUUAUUUCGAUUUAUUUAAUGUUGGAUCUGAUCUCUUUUUUUGUUUUCUCAUGUUUAUUUUAAUUUGAUUAUGAUUUUGAUUCUGUUUUUUUUUUUUGAUUAUGGUUUUGGUUUGUUUUAAAUUACGAAAACGAUGAUGUGGUUGUAGCAGUCGAUGAGAUCUGUUUUGAUUAAUGAUUCUCUUGCAUGUUCAUUUUUUGAUAUUUUUAAACUUUGAUCUGCUCUUAUUUUUUUUAUUUAAUGUUUAUUUGUAAUACGUUUAUGAUAUUGAUUUUGUUAUUUUUUUGAUUAUGUUUUUGAGCUGUUUUUAAUCCCAAAAUCAAGAUCUGGUUUUAGUCCUUCACCAGAUCUGGUUUGAAAUAUGAUGUUGUAUGAUCUUGUUUUUUUAAACUUUGAUUUAAACUUUGAUCUAUUACUAAUGAUAAGAUUUUUAUUAUGUGUACUUCCUCUGUUAUGUUUUUGUUGCUACUUAAGAUUAUUAAGAAGAUGGACACAAAGGAAAAAGCGUGCGACUCAUUAGAAUCCCAAAGAGAAUGUAAAAAAUACGAUAAUAUCUUUGGUUCGUGGUACGAUCAUUAUUAUUUGAAAUGUUGGGAAUUAAAUUGUGUUGUGAAUGACCAAUGCCUAAUGCAGAGGCCAUUGCUCUAAUUGUGGUUCUCUUUUCAAUCGGAACAGCAUUCAGCAAAUUCAUGUCAAAAACUUUUGGUUUCCUACCAACUCUUCCCCUUUUUCUACUAUUAACAUCAAUUAAAAUGCCAUUUUGCAUUGAUGUUUUGGCUGAUUCCCACAGCCUUGAUAUUGUCCACCUAGAUGUGUUAUGUUGCAUUGCAAUUGUUUUAAUUGUACCCCGUGGCAAACGUCUAUCUGAUUCUGUGGACAAACUAGUUAACUGUUGUACAAUUAACUUUCUGGUCUCAACUGGUAGUUCCCUCUUACUACCUACUGGUUGCUGUCUUAAUGUUUCUGUUUCUGUUUCUUCAUGUGUUAAUGUUUGACCAUGGCUUAUGGGUUCCUCCAAACUCAAACUGACAUCGAUGUUUCCAUAAUUCUCACUUGUGUACUCAUUAUAAAUGUCAUAUUCACAAUCUAUAUUAAGGUUUUCAAAAAAAGAAAUAAAUACCUCAAUAUCAGGAUUAAUGAAUUCCUCUUCUUGAAUUUGAACCUCAGCCAUUUGUUGUUUUGAUUGCUUGUUGUUGGUUUUGUAGAGUUGAUGAAAGAAAUAGGUUUGGAUCCAAAUUCUUAUGAACUUUUUAAAAGGGGAGGACAACAGAUGAAGAAAUUGAAAUGAAGAAGUGUUGAAAAUUUUAAUGCUGACUAUAGAAGAAUUUGAUCUAUUUAUAGAAGAUGAAAUGUGUUAAUGCUGACUUUUGUGUAAAAAUUUUAACUUUUGCUGAUAAUUUGUAAUAUUGGAGGGAAUUAUUUGGGUGGGAAAAUAUUUUUUGGGGGGAAAUGAAACUGACAUGUAAAUUAAUCUGCAAAAUAUUUACCUAAUCUUAACUAUUUUUCCUUUUUCUUUUAAAAUUAACAACAACAAAAA